AUGAAGGCCAACCCCGACGAUAUCGAAAAGCAGGGGCCCAGGAAUGGUAGCACUUUCCAAGACCCCGAAGCCGGGAUCGAAGAAACCAUUGAUGGCUCCUUCAGAGAAAUCGAGAAAAUCUCCACGAGUACAUCAGACUCGAAGGAAGGGCUACGUCCGGCCUCUUCCAACAUCACGAGGACAAAAUCACUUCCGUAUACCGCGGAACGGCUGCGUCAAGAUGAACAAGCGGCGAUAGAGAGAACAGAGUCGAGACCGAUUGCACCGAUAAAGACUGGCGAUGGUCUGACACUCGUUGACUGGUAUUCUACAGAUGAUCCAGAUAACCCGCAGGUGAGAGGUAAUGCCUCAAAUAUACAAGCAGAAAUGCUGACAUGUCCACGCAGAACUGGUCCCUGA